UGAAUAUGUACUAGGUCAGAGUUUUUUGAAGCUAUAAAAAGGAUAACAACGAACAUAUAAUGAUCAUAUAAGUAACUUCAAAUUCUAAAAACCAUCAAUGAUGAUUACCUCCAAAUCUAUAGCUCUAAUAAUAAUCUUCUUAUUAUAUCUAGUUUCUUGUGUCUCAAGUCAACGAGAAAUUAAGUUUCUUAACCAUGGCUUCCUCGGGGCUAAUCUCCUCAAGUUCGGCUCCUCCAAGGUUCACCCAAGUGGCCUCUUGGAAUUGACGAACACUUCCAUGAGGCAGAUAGGUCAAGCUUUUCAUGGCUUUCCCAUACCCUUGUCAAACCCUAACUCCACAAAUUCUGUUUCUUUCUCCACAAGCUUCGUCUUCGCCAUCACUCAAGGACCCGGCGCACCAGGCCACGGCUUAGCUUUCGUCAUUUCACCCUCGAUGGACUUCAGUGGGGCUUUUCCCAGCAAUUAUCUCGGCCUCUUCAACACCUCCAACAAUGGAAUCUCCUUGAAUCGCAUUCUUGCAGUUGAAUUUGACACCGUGCAGGCCGUUGAGUUAAACGAUAUUGAUGAUAAUCAUGUUGGUAUCGAUCUAAACGGAGUGACCUCCAUUGAGUCCGCACCGGCGGCAUAUUUUGAUGACCGAGAGGCCAAGAACAUAAGCUUGAGGCUGGCGAGUGGGAAACCAAUUAGAGUCUGGAUUGAAUACAACGCAACUGAGAUGAUGCUCAAUGUCACGUUGGCUCCUCUAGAUCUCCCGAAGCCAAGUAUACCUCUUCUCUCGAGAAAACUGAAUCUUUCUGGGAUUUUAUCCCAAGAACAUCAUGUUGGAUUCUCUGCGGCCACGGGAACUGUAGCUAGCUCACAUUUGGUUCUAGGUUGGAGCUUUAACAUCGAUGGCACAGCAUCAGAAUUUGAUAUCACGAAGCUUCCUUCUCUUCCAGACCCGCCGCCUCUAUUGUCUCCGUCCCCAAGUCCUCCGGUUUCAGUCAAAAAAGAUUCGAACAACAUGAAGCUGAUUAUUAUCUGCGCUACAUCAGGAACGUUUGUAAUCGUGAUCUUGAUUCUCUUAGGGUUUUGGGUAUUCCGUAGAAAGCAAACAUUCUUUACAGGAGGUGCAAGGAAAUUCUCCCACCAGAAAAUAUCGAGCGCAACAGGAGGUUUUGACAACUCUAAACUCUUGGGAGAGAGAAACUCUGGGAGUUUCUACAAAGGGCAGCUUAGUCCCACAGAGAUAAUUGCCGUAAAGAGAAUUACUUGCGCCACAAGGCAACAAAAGACAACCCUAAUAACCGAGAUCGAUGCAAUUUCCAAGGUAAAACAAAGAAAUCUUGUUGAUCUGCAUGGUUAUUGCAGCAAAGGAAACGAGAUCUAUCUAGUUUACGAGUAUGUCCCCAACGGAAGCCUAGACCGGUUCUUGUUCAGCAACGACCGCCCUGUUCUCACCUGGUCAGACCGGUUCUGUAUCAUAAAGGGCAUUGCGUCAGCACUUCAACACCUUCACGGUGAGGGACAAAAACCUCUUAUUCACGGAAACGUCAAAGCCAGCAACGUACUCUUAGACGAAGAGCUAAACGCUCGACUAGGAGACUAUGGGCAUGGAAGCAGACACAGCACCACGGGACAUGUGGCACCAGAACUAGUCAACACGGGAAAGGCUACACGUGACACAGAUGUUUUUGAGUUUGGAGUGUUAAUGAUGGAGAUUGUUUGUGGAAGAAAAGCUAUAGAGCCGACAAAGCCACCAGCAGAGAUAAGUUUGGUGAACUGGGUGCUUCAAGAGUUCAAGAAAGGGAAUUUGUUACAGAUCUGCGACACAAGAGUCAAUAGAGAGAAUUUGGUAGCUCGAGAAGUGUUGUUGGUUCUCAAAACUGGACUUCUCUGCGCGAACCGAUCUCCAGAAUCAAGGCCAAUGAUGAAGCAAGUGUUUCGGUUUCUCGAUGGAACAGAACCUCUCCCUCAUGAUGACUACCUCUUCUAUGGAGUCUAAAAUGUGAUCUCAAAACGUGUUUGUAUCGAAGUGUUUGCGUUAAAUAGUGUGAUUUAAAGAUUGGACCAAGAUAUGUAUUAAACAUGAUAAUGUGAAUAAAACCUAGCUAGAAUAGUAUUUUACUCAA